AUGAACCUAAUAUUAUCACAUUACUGUUCAUCUCCAUUGUUCAUGCUGCUCCUGUUAGUCCUUUGCAUCGUGCGCUACGUAGAACCAGCGAUCGCCGGCGAUCGGUUGGUGUUUCACGUCCCGAUCACCUACAAGAAUGUGCACAUGACGAAGACACGCGUGAAGCCCAUCCACCAUCGCACGUUCCAGCAGACGGACUACAAGCUGCUGGGCUACAGCCUAGACAAGCACGGCCAAGGAAUGGCCCCGAUGGAGUAUCUGGCGAAGAUGCAGAUUUUACGGUAA